AUGAUGUCCCGUCUCCUUCAUCUUGCUACACUUGUGGCCACUGGGUUGGCUGCUGUGGCUCCUCCGGCUGCCCCUGCCAUUACCUCUGCCCCAGCGCUGUCAGCUGAGUUAUCGCAGCACGAACUGGCCAGAAGACAGUGCGUUAAGACUACCUAUGUCGUCCAGCCCGGCGAUACUCUUAGCGCCAUCGCCGCGAACAUGGGUGCUGGCGUGUGCAACAUUGCCUCGGAGAACAACAUCCCUGAAGUUGACACAAUUUACGGAGGACAAACCUUGACGGUACCUCUUUCCGUCUGUGGGGCCGUCUCUUCUGCGACUUUUUGUUGCAUAGCUAGCGCAGCUGCGACAACCCACGUGGCUGUUUCCGGGGACAGUUUCUAUGGCCUUGGAAUUCAGAACGGCGUUCCGGCCGCAUCUAUUGCGAGUGCAAACACUGGGAUUGCAUCUGCCAACAUCAUGAUUGGCCAGGUCAUCACGAUCCCAGCUCGACCGACCAACUGUUAA